AGUGGCCAUGUGACAGGCAACCGUGCCGCAAUGGUGGUACAUGCUUGGACUACCGUGGACGUUAUCUGUGUGCUUGUACUAAAGGAUGGGCAGGCAAGAACUGUGAACAAAACGUUGGUAAGUUUGAUCAGAACAGUUUAUAUAUCCCACUUCCCCAGGAUCGCGCGAUUAAAUGCGAUUUUGUACUAAUGGUUCCGGACAUCAGCGAAGGGCACUUUUGAAUUUCAAAAUCUGACCGCAAGUUAAUCAAGCCGUUGUAGAUGGCGACAGUUAGCUGUUUCUUUCUUUAAAUCACGAACCAGUGAACCUGCAUGGGUUGUUGUUCUUGAUCUCAAGCACGACCUGCUGACGCCAUAAUUAAAUUCACGAUAGAAUUAUGUACGCGUGGCGUCUGUGUUGUCAAGAAAGUCUCUGAUUCCAUUUCUAUAUCACGCAUACUAAAAGCCAGUGCAAUGUUUUAGAAUAGGUACGUAAGCCUGUAAAAAACUGCAACUUUGAGGUUUUUCACGCCAUAAUUACUAUAUAAAUUUAUCUCAUGUCCUAUUCUCUAUAAUUCAUGUCUGGAUUAUGCUUUUAAUAUUUUUAAAAGAUGUUCGUUGAUUCCUUUUGUAGAAAACUGCCCGCCAAUAUUGGUGCUAAACAACGUUGGGAACGGCAAAAAAUAAACGUAGCUAGCACAAAAUACUGUUUACGUACAACACAUAUAAUCAUAACUCAACUGAGGUAACUAAAAUAGUUGUUAUACAAUGUUCAAUAAAUUUCUCGCUUUGCCUUAAAGUUUAUUCAAUAAAAUGAUUUAACAUUAUUAUAUUAUCCUCAAAGAUUAUUGCUGUUGAGGUAGAAUAUCAUUUCUUCAUAAUGAGUUGUAUUUGCUAUGAAAAGAAUCUUUUGACUUUGAAAAAGUAUAACCAAAUUCGAAUAAGGUUUUAA